AGAGAGAGAGAGAGAGAGAGAGAGAGAGAGAGAGAGACCCCCAUGGUGCUGUGAUUUGACUAAGCAAACAGCCAGGCUCAGUGCGGUACCUCCUCCAACAGACUCCUGGGACAGCAGAGAUUAACCUCAGACUCUGAACAUCUGAGGGAUCUAUACAUUUGAAGCAGCCGCCCCUGUCGAGACAACCAGCGGGAAACUUCUCCUCUGAUUUCCUUUUGUUGGCCACCAGCCUCUUUGGACGGAGAGAGGAGACUCAUCUAUGCUUCUAGGACCAGCCUGAAGAAGAACAAAUAAAAGUGGUAGAAGGCUUCCACCAUGAGGAGGGUGACAGGAUCCACGCUUCACCUGACAGUUACAUUUACAGCUCUCCUGUGUUUCUGCACUGAACUGUUCUGCCUGGAGAUCACACCUGAUGACAAAGAGCUGGUCCUGGCUGAGGGCUCCUCUGUCAGCCUCACCUGCUCUGGCUCUGGGGACACGACCUGGGAGUUUAAGAGAGAUGAUGUGCCGUACUUUCAAGUGGAACAAGUUCAAAACGCCCGUCAAAGCUACCAAGUCGUGCAAACUGGCACAACGUCCAGCGUUCUGACCUUGUGGAACGUGAGCUGGAAGCACACAGGCGUCUAUCAGUGCAUCGAUCGACUCACUGGAGAAACUAAGGAGGUGGCUGUGUUUGUUCCAGACCCUGACUUGUGGUUCAUAGAGAGCUCCCACGGCAUGGUAACGAAGACCAGUGAGGAGAGCACCAUCCCCUGCGUGGUCACCAACCCAAACAUCAGUGUCACCCUGUAUGAGAGGGACACCGAGCUGCCCAUCAGGGGGCUGUAUGUUCCCAGUGAGGGUUUCAAGGCACCGCUGGAAGACAGGACGUAUGUGUGCCGUGGAGAGCUGAACGGGGAAGUGAAAGACUCUCAGGCCUUCUACGUCUUCAGCAUUGUCGUCCCAGAGGCCCUGGGCGUCUACAUCAAUGCCUCAAGGACGAUCCUGAAGCAGGGAGAAACGCUGACAGUAAACUGCACGGUGCACGGAGUGGAAAUCGCAACUUUUUCUUGGGAUGUCCCCGGUGGAGACGUAAACAAGAUCGAGCCGCUGACAGACUACCUGUCCUCCACGAGCAUGCGUUCCUGCCUCAUCUACCCUCGUGCCUGGUUGGCCCAGGGUGGAAACUUUGUCUGCAAUGUCCACGAGGGAGUCCAAGAUCAGACGGCCUCUGCCAGCAUCAACAUCACCGUGCUCGAAAGAGGAUUUGUGGACGUGAAACCUGCUCAGCAUCAAAAUAUUUCAGCCAAGCUCCAAGAGAACGUGGAGCUGAGAGUGGAGAUCGAGGCCUACCCUCCUCCUCGGAUUCGCUGGACCAAAGAUGGCACCACCAUCAAGGGAGACAAAAUCAUUGCAAUCAGACAAGAGCAUGAAAUAAGGUACGUCACUGUGCUCACCUUGGUGAGGGUGAGGACUGAGCAGAAAGGUCUCUACACUGUCCUUGUUACCAAUGAAGACGACACAAAGCAAGUGACCUUUGACUUGGAAGUCCAAGUUCCCUCCCAGAUUAAAGACCUGACCGACCACCAUCUCCCAGGGAAGAGACACUUGGUGACCUGUGUAGCUGAGGGGGUCCCAACCCCGACCAUCAAGUGGUACAGCUGUGACAGCAUGCUCAAGUGCAGCAACCAGACGGCUGUUUGGCAGCCGCUGACGCCAGAGCCGGAGGUUCUGAGCAUCCAGACCAAUGUGAGCUACAGCCAGUCACGAAAAACCAGCCAGGUGCGCAGCCAGGUGACCUUCCAGAAGCCCCAGCAGGUGACAGUUCGCUGUGAGACCAACAACACAGCAGGGCUCGUCGACAGAAGAGACAUCAAACUGGUGUCCAGCACUCUGUACUCCCAGGUGGCAGUAUUGGCUGCUGUUCUCGCCUUAGUGGUCAUCAUGAUCAUGUCUAUCAUCAUCCUCAUCGCUGUAUGGAGGAAGAAACCUCGCUACGAGAUCAGAUGGAAAGUGAUCGAGUCUGUGAGUCAGGACGGACAUGAGUACAUCUAUGUGGACCCCAUCCACCUUCCCUAUGAUCUGGCCUGGGAAAUGCCCCGAGACAACCUGGUGCUGGGUCGCACUCUUGGAUCAGGAGCAUUUGGCAGAGUGGUCGAGGCAACUGCUUACGGUCUCACACAUUCCCAGUCCAGCACAAAAGUGGCAGUGAAAAUGUUGAAAUCUACAGCCAGGAGGAGCGAGACUCAGGCACUCAUGUCAGAGCUGAAGAUCAUGAGUCACCUUGGUCCUCACCUCAACAUCGUGAACUUGCUGGGAGCGUGCACCAAACAUGGCCCUCUGUACUUGAUAACCGAGUACUGUCGCUAUGGCGACCUGGUGGACUACCUGCACAGGAACAAGCACACCUUCCUGCAGUAUUACGCUGAGAAGAACCAAGAUGACGGCUGCCUCAUCUCCAGAGGAAGCACCCCUCUGAGUCAGAGAAAGGGGUAUGUCUCUUUCGGAAGUGAGAGUGAUGGAGGAUACAUGGACAUGAGCAAAGACGAGCCCUCAGUCUACGUCCCCAUGCAGGAGCAGAUAGACACCAUCAAAUAUGCAGACAUCCAGUCCUCUCCAUACGAGUCCCCCUACCAGCAGGACCUCUAUCAGGAACAAGGUGAAAACAGAUUGGACCUGGUGAUCAGUGACUCUCCCAGUCUCACCUACGAUGAUCUUUUGGGUUUCAGCUACCAAGUGGCACAGGGGAUGGAGUUCCUCGCCUCCAAGAAUUGUGUCCAUCGAGAUCUGGCUGCCAGGAACGUGUUGAUCUGUGAGGGCAAGCUGGUGAAGAUUUGUGACUUUGGCCUUGCGAGAGACAUCAUGCAUGAUUCCAAUUACAUCUCUAAAGGCAGCACCUUCCUGCCUCUAAAGUGGAUGGCACCAGAAAGUAUUUUCCAUAAUCUGUACACCACCCUGAGUGAUGUGUGGUCAUACGGCAUUCUUCUUUGGGAGAUUUUCACACUAGGAGGAACCCCGUACCCUGAUUUGCCCAUGAAUGAACUAUUCUACAGUGCUUUGAAGAGAGGCUACCGAAUGGCCAAACCUGCCCAUGCCUCUGAUGAAGUUUAUGAAAUCAUGAAGAAGUGCUGGGAUGAAAAGUUUGAGAAGAGGCCUGAGUUCUCCUUCCUGGUCCACAGUGUGGGGAACAUGCUGGCUGACACCUAUAAAAAGAGAUACAGCCAAGUGAACGACAACUUCCUGAAGAGUGAUCACCCCGCAGUCGCUCGCACCAAACCCAGACUCUCCUCGCCCUUUCCCAUUGCCAGCCCAGUCUUCAGCUCCCCAGCUCCCAUUACCCUGUUCUCCUCCCCCCCGGAUCUCUACAGCCAGAGCCUGAGGCCCGGAGACUUCAGGCGUGAGGUGGAGGCACAGGAGGUCAUGGCUUCAUACAACGAGUACAUCAUUCCCAUCCCAGACCCGAAGCCAGAGGAGGUUUUCACUGAUGUACCGUCAGAAAGCCCUGCAAGUUCCCUGGUUCUGGAGGAGGAAACUGACUCCAUGUCUCAGGACACGGCUGACACGCUUCCAGAGGAGGAAAGACUGGAGGACACCAGCGAGAGAGACGCUCUGCUGGGUUCCUCCGGGACGCCCGAGGUAGAAGACAGCUUCCUGUAGCCACAAGCACAAACCCUGAGAAAACAGAGCCCCUUUCUGGGAUUUUUUUUUUUUAACAUGCCUGAAAAAGGGAAUGUGACUAAUCUAAAAUGUAGCAAAACUGAGACUAAGAGAGUACAAAUCUUUGUAUUUCCACCAGGCACUCAAUAAGUUCUGUCUUCUUUGAGGUUUUACAGUUACAAAUAAUGAAUUUAAUGCUAUUCUCUGGUCUUUUUUUAAAAAUUUGCCAUAAUAUAAAUGCCGUGCCCACACUCCUGUGCAAUCAGUUUACAGUAAGUAGUGACAUAUUUACUGUAUUUUCCAUUUUAGCUAGACACUUACUAUCUAGAAACAUCGAGCCAUUUGCCUUUUUGGUUAUUAUUACUGAAUCCCCACUUUUACUGUUCACAACCAAAACAAACUAGAAGCCAACAUUUAAAAGUCACAACCUUGAUUAGAUAUGGAAUGUUGGAAACCGAAUCAAAAACAAAAUGAUGAACACCACAAUCAGAACAAACUAUAAACCAACUUUUUAAAGUCACAACAAAAUACUUCCCAAACAAGAACACUUCAUGUAUAAGCGGGAACAUUAUGUCCUAAACUGUGAUCAGAUAUGAAAGGUUAGAAAUUCAAAUGUAUUCUUUAAAAAUUCUUUUUACUCUUCUUGGGUACAAUCAAUGCCUGUGUUCACUGUAUUGUAGCAGUUUUGUAAAAUGUAAUUCCCAGGACCUAAAAUGCAGACAAAUUCCACAUGCACUGCUUUAAUGUGAGAUAUACUUUCCUUUUAGUUACAUAUUCUACAUGUGUCAGUACUUUUAUUUGAGAAUUUUGAAUAGGAUGUUGAAUUUUGAAUACUUGUUUUGUGUAGACUUAAUUCAUAGUUCUGUGCCAGAUUUGCACUUUAUUUAGAAAAAAAAAUAUGUGGAUAUUAAGAUGUAAACUUACACUAUGUGAAAGAUAGAAGCUACAACUGAGAAUUAUUAGAGCAUCUGACCUAUAUAUGGGGCUGUUAGAGCGGCUGUUAUGUCCAGUUUAUGUGAAGACAGGUGACUCUCUCAAGUGAAAAUAAUAAAUACAGCGUCUCACUGCCUUAGCAAAAGGUGGCACACAUGAGUGCCUUUGUAUAGACUGAUUCUUGUCUUGCAGCUAUGCUGCUUGCAGAUAUGAAGGGCUACUGUACUCAAGUAAUGUACAUGUAAAAAUGAUGCCUUAGUCUUCUGUUGCUUUGGAUUGCAUUUACUUACACAGUGUUUUUUGACUUUCAAUACUUGUCCAACAUUUUAAAACAGCACAUUAUUAUUUCUUGUAGCAUUUGUUCACUGUAUCACAAGCUAUGGUACCAAAGCUCUUCUUAACGUUUACAAAUGUAUUUUUUAUAUGUAUCAUUUUAUAUGUUGUAAAUGUGAGAAUAAAUGUGUAUUAUCAUAGUA